UGCUUGCCGAGUUGGACUAAUACGCGCGCGAGGGAGGCGCGGAUUUGCGUCGGCAGCCGUGGCGGAGGUUCGAAGCCAGGGGUCCGAGCGAGACAGUGCUAUUGGGACAAAGACAACGGGAGCGAGAGAGCUGGCAACAAAACAAGGCUCGAGCUGAGGUUCACGCGCGAGCGGGACAAAGAGCGAGACACAAACAAACAACGCAGUACCCUUGGAUCGGGCGGAGAACCUCAUUGCAUCGUGGGACGCAACGAGGGACGCAACGAGGGACGCAUCGAAGGACACAUCGAGGGCGCGUUGUCCAGGUGGACAGCUCAACUCUCUCGAUAACAAGGGGGCAAAGGUUAUGGCGACAGCUAUUCGCGAUUGACAUUCGGCACUGUCCGGCUCGUGGCGCGUGUGCCUGCAUGUGUUGGUAUGCAUUUUUCUCAGUCUGUAUCAAUAAUACAGUCACAAGUGGGCAUUAUAAGGGGAGUACAAGUUCUUUAUAGUGAUACGAAUCCAUUAGAAGUAGAUCUAGUAAUUAAUUUACCUCACGAUGGAGUAAGGCUCAUAUUUGAUCCAGUUGUGCAGAGGCUUAAGAUUAUUGAAAUAUAUAACAUGAAACUAGUAAAACUUAAAUAUUGCGGUUUGCCAUUCAAUUCUCCAGAAGUUUUUCCCUCCAUUGAACAGAUCGAGCACUCUUUUGGAGCUACUCAUCCAGGUGUAUAUGAUAGCGAUAAGCAGGUUUUCGUGUUAAAUUUUAGAGGUUUAUCAUUUUAUUUUCCAAUUGACUCAAAGUUUCAACCGGGUUAUGCACAUGGCUUGGGUUCAUUGCAAUUUCCAAACGGAACUUCUCCACUUGUAGCAAAAACAGCCAUUUACAUGGGUAAUAUGGCAGCUGGAGGCUCAAACAGCGACGAACAUUGUUUAAAGACUCCACCGCCGUCAUUACCAUUGGUUUGCUAUCAUAAUAAUCUUUAUUUGGAGAAGGCUGAGGUUGUUCGGGAUAAAACUUGGACUAAAGGUAUUAAAAUGCAUCUUUUUACCGAAGGUAGUUCAGCAAGUAGAGUACUUCUCGAGCCCAGAAAAUAUAAUCUUACUAAAGAGGUAUGGUUUGGUGAUACAUGUGAAGAUGUUCUGAGUGCUCUAGGCGCACCAUCUCGUGUUUUUUUUAAGGCAGAGGAUAAAAUGAGAAUUCACAGUCCUCACGCUCAUAAAAGAGAUAAAAUUAGGCGAUCUGAUUACUUUUACAAUUACUUCACCUUGGGUUUGGAUAUUCUUUUUGACGCAAAGACACAGUGUGUGAAAAAAUUUGUAUUGCAUACCAAUUAUCCUGGGCAUUAUAAUUUUAAUAUGUAUCAUCGUUGUGAAUUUACUCUCACUUUACCUUUAGAAGGGAAUACUGCGGAUUCUGGUAAUCUCAUUGAUGUUGACCCAUCUCCAGUAACUAUAACUGCUUAUACUAAAUGGGAUCGAGUGAGCGAGCAAUUGAAAGCCAGUCCUCGUCCUGUGGUUUUAAAUCGCGCGUCCUCUACCAAUACAACGAAUCCUUUUGGCUGCACUUUCUGUUAUGGUAUCCGUGAUGCUAUAGUAGAGGUAAUGGCUAAUCAACAUAUCGCCAGUGUUACUCUUUACACGACAGCAGCGUGACCCUGGUAAAAAUAAGGCGCGAUGCGACCGACAAGCGACAAACAAAAACAAGGUUUGGAUAUUUGCUGUAUCGUAACAAAAGUUCCUCACCUGCGAAUCCACGAGUGGCCAGGGUACGAGGAAGCAAA